UAAACAGGAAGCAGUGAGUCAGCACCCACAGCACCUGUAGCCACGUAUUCAUAUUAAAACUAAGUAAGAUAAUCCACUAAACGAGACUUUUAUUAAUACAGAUGGGAAUUUGUGAUGGAUUUGUUGAUCUACCUGGAGCUGUAAGUUCUGAAUGUAAGCAACUACAAGCGGCUUUGUGAAAGUGAAAGUAAGUUGGUUUUGGGAGCCAAGCAGAAAGGAAGAACAACCAGAGGGAUCAACACAAUGGCUUCUAAUGCGCUACAGUCUGAAGAGGACUGCACUUGCCCCGUGUGCUGUGACAUAUUUAAGGAUCCUGUUAUUUUGUUGUGCGGUCACAGUUUCUGUAAGGUCUGUCUUCAGGAGUGGUGGAGACAGAGUAGACAAAAGACCUGUCCGGUCUGCAAGGAACUAUUUCCAAUGCCUCAGCCUCCACGAAACCUGGCACUGAGAAACCUGUCUGACAUCUUGAGACGAGAGAAGGCUCAGAGAGCUGCAUCAGGAUCCAAGGACUUUUGCAGUCUGCACAGUGAGAAGCUCAAACUCUUCUGCCGGGUUGACCAGCAAUUCAUCUGUGUGAUUUGUAGAGAUGCAAAAAAACACAAGAAACACGACUGCGUCCCAAUCAAUGAAGCAGCAAAAGGCUAUAGAAAUCAACUCAAAGUGAACCUGAUGACCUUAAAGACCAAACUGGGGUUAUUUCAAAAGGCAAAACUAAAGUGUGACAAAAUGGCCAGCCACAUCAAGCUCCAGGCUCAGCAGACAGAAAAGGCAAUCAGAGAGCAGUUUCAGAAGCUUUACCAGUUCCUGCGAGCGGAGGAAGCCCGUAGGACAGAUGCAGUAAGGAAAGAGGAAAUACACAAGAGUGAGGCAAUGAAGAUGAGGAUAAUGAAUUUGAGCGCAGAGAUCUCCUCACUCGCAGACAAAAUCAAAACCAUAGAGGAGGAGAUGAAAGCUGAGGACAUCGCAUUUAUCCAGAACAUCAAAACCACUAUAGAACGAUCCCAGUGCCAGCUUCCAGAACCAGUGAGUCCAUCAGGGGCCCUGAUAGAUGAGGCCAAACAUUGUGGGAACCUACUGUAUUCAGUCUGGAAGAAGAUGAAGGAUUUAAUACAGUACACUCCUGUAACCCUGGACCCCAACACUGCCGGCUGCUGUUUAACUGUAUCACAACAGCUGACUUCUUCAACAAACAGUGACAAGUGGCAGCCAUUUCCUGAGAACCCAGAAAGGUUGUUGCAUUCAGAUGUUCUUGGUCACAAAGGCUUUAACUCUGGGAAACACAGGUGGGAUGUGGAGGUGGAUGGUUAUUGGGCCGUUGGAUUAGCUGCUCAAAGCAAUGAUAGGGUCUGGGGCAUCUGCAAGUGUGUGUGCACUGAUGUUCUGCGUGAGCUUACUCCAGUGAGCGACUCAGAAAUGGUAUCUGAAGAUGUACCACAGAAGGUCAGAGUGCAGCUGGAUUACGACCAAGGAACACUGUCCUUUUUUGACCUUGACCAGAAAGUGCACAUAUACACAAUCAAAUGGCGUUUCACAGAAACAGUUUAUCCAUAUUUUCGGGAAAAUAUAAAAAUUCUUCCAGCUGAGUUAUCAGUGCAGGUAAAACAGCCCAGAUAGAUCUUAUGCAAAGUGAAAAGGCCAAAUAAUAUAAGGCUCUGAAACUGAGAUUGUUUCUCUGUUGAUUAAAACAUUAAAACAUAACCAAUUUUUCCAUAUCACAUCCUGGAUAAUAUUAUUGUUAUCAUUGAUUUGAUUUGAUUGAUUGAUUUUUUAAAAAAAAAAAUUAAUGAGAGCCAGGAGAAUCAUGCUGAUGUUGACUAUGAUAAUUGUCAUAAGAAUCUAUAAAAAAGUCUGGGUAAAGGUUGGACUAAAUACUUGUAACCUUGCUUGAUGUCCGUUGAACGUCACUUAGUUGUCUAUUUCACGGCAACGCUGAUUUCGAAGGGUGACUUUUGGGCUUAAGAUGUGGGGUUGAUGGGGUAAGAUGGGGUUUGAAAGUAGUGGACACUUGGGAUGCAUGCAGUGUCUGGUGAAAGACUUAUAUAUGAACGAUGAAAAAAGGUAAUGUGUCUCGCUUUACCCGCUGUGCAGUGAAGAAGAAAAGAAUUAUGUAAUAAUAAUCUUGAUGCAUAAAUAAAAAAUAAACCCAUCCGU